AUGACCAAGCGCAGCUUGUCGAGUCCCCUCUUGCACGACUUCAUGGCGCCGCUCAGCCGCUCCCCCAACCUCGACUUCCACCUCCCCUUUGAGCAGCACUUCCGCGCCCUCUCGCACGCCGGCCGCACGUCGCGCGACACAUGCUCCUCCUCGGCCUCGUCCUCCCGCGGCAGCAAGCCCCAGCACCCCGUCUAUGACCACGACCACGACCACGACAACAGCAACAACAACACCUACAACAACUACAACAUCAACAUCAACAACAGCGCCAUUGGCGACGACGACGACGACUACGACGACUUCGACGACGGCGACGACGACUUCCUCGUCGACGGGCUGGACGAGUACCACCAGGGCCUGCUGCACGCGGCCGCCUCGCGGGGCCCGCGCCGCUUCCACCCGUCGUUCCGCCGCCCCGUGUGCCAGCUGCAGCUGGGUGCGGCGUGCCCGGCCGGUCCGCGCGCCGCGCCCGCGCCCACGCCCAGCAGCCCCGGCCGGAGGGGCAGCCUGGCGCGCCCGCCCGCGGCGAGGAGGCCCGCCAAGCUGGUGCUCGCGCCGAGCGGGCUGGUCCCGGCGAAGCAGCUGCGCAGGGAGAGCUUCUGGUCCGCCCACCAGGGGGACGAGCUGGCCACGCCGCGGCUGACGCUGACGCGGUACGAUCUGCGGGCCGACGAGGAUGCCAUAUAUAACUGGAAGCGCAGGGGGCAGUACUUUGACCGGUGGAUACAUGCGGACUGA